AUGCCUUCUGAAGCAACUUUUGGAGAAUAUAUCCGUGAAAUCCUGCGAGGAAAUCAAUGGAACGGCGAGGUCCUUCAUCAACUUGAUGAAGUCAUAACAGAUUUGUGGCCCCUCUCUGUCAACUAUCCCAUCCCCAAUGAGCUUCGUGAACUAAUCGAAAUCACGAUCGGAACGCUGCAGAUGAUAGUCGCUGAUGCGGAAGCAUUCAAUGACUGGAGAAUGGUGGUGUAUGACCUUGGUCAAGAGCUUUUUGAAGCAUUCGAAUCGAACAUUUUGGAUGACUUCCCGAGAGGAGUUCUCGAGAGGGCCUAUAAGGCCCUACGGCGCCUAGCCUUUGUUAAUUUAGAAACCCGUCUUGUUCUCUGUUUGUAA